AUGCUGCACAGCAGGCGCCCAUUUCCCAAACUACGAAGCGCUUCUCUGGCUGACGAGAGAGAGGAGCUCCCGCCUAUUUUGACGCGGCGCUGGCCAUGCACACGACCUCGCGCCCAUUCGGCCACCUGCACUAGCGCCCCCGUUCCAACGCUUCGCUCUCAUUCGCCGCCCACGAGGGCUCGAGAAGCAACCCGAUUGGUUGCCCUCACCCCAGGACGAGCUCUGCCAGGUGUCUGCUGAGGUAAAGUGGCGGGGGUAGCGGAAGGGAGAGAGCGCGCGCCUCUCUUAAACCAGCUCGCGAGACUCCUCCCCUCCGUUCGGCGAGAAGGAGGGACCGCGCGCACGCGCUCAAACACCCACUUACCUACCCGUCCCUCCUUCGCAACUCUCGCUUCCCUGCCGAAAGAGCGCACGCGCGGCUCGCCUCCUUUUUCUUUCUCUCCGCCCCCUUGGCGUGGUGGCGUCAGCGCCGAAAAGCGGUGAGUCGGGGCGGUGCAGUCGCGAGUGGCGUUUCUGUGUUGAAGGGAAAACGGGAAGAAGGAGCUGGAGUUGCGGGGAGCUCUACGGGGGCCGGCGGGGCUCAAGCGGCCGAAGGCGUUUGGAAAUGUGGGGGGGAUGGGCGCGAAACAGUUUCGCGUUUUCGCCGUGAAGGGAAAUAGAGAGAGCCAAUUGAGGGUGGGAUUAUUUAUUAUUAUUACUCAUUUUGCGAGGGUGCUCCAGUUAGCCCCUUGUUGUGGCGAAAUGCAGCUCUGCGAGGCAGGCUUAAGACUGUGCCUCUGAGGGGAGAUUUCCCCGGUCAGAGGGGAGAAACGGGGAGGACGCGACCGGUCAAAAAGGCUCUUCCUCCGGUCAGCGCAGUGAGGAGGAAAGUCCAAGUUGCCGAGGAAGGGAGAAUAUGACCUGCUUGUGGUGCUUGCUUGCCUUCAUUCUGACAGGAGGGAAAAAAGGCGCUAGUCCUCAUCUUGCCAAGGGUAUUGGGGGGAACGCCGGGCGUGCAAGCAGCUGCUGCAAAGAACAGCCUCCCCCCCCCCCCGCCUCGAAAGGCGGCGGUGUCUGCUGCCAUGGGGGGUGCAGCACCUUCCCUUGCCCUGAGGUAAAUCAGGGAGUGAAGGGAGCUGCGGUGGAUGCUCCUAGUCAAGUGUUGAAGGUAAAAGGUCUUCACCACUAUGGCCAUAAUAAGCCUGUGUGCACUUGGAAGUGAACAUGCAAUAGGUUUGACGGUGUUGCCUCAAGAUCAUUGGUUUAAAAAUCCACCACACAUGUCGCAAAGGAGCUUCUCAUUCUAGGAAGGGACUUCUCCUUCUGCAGCUGGCUUAGUGGGAUGAAAAUCCUUAGUCGGUGCACGCCCCCACCCCCACCCAAAUCAGGUAUUCCACCUAUAUGUGGAUUUAUAUCGCUUACUUAGGAAACACCCAAGUCCAACAACACUUCUUCUUGGUCGCCUGUAUGAGGUCAUUUGUCUCUGCUGUUCAGAUGACAAUAAGGACCAGGGAGGAAUCAUUUCCACUUAAAGAGGGGUUAUAUAGAGCAGGGGUCAGCAAACUUUUUCAGCAGGGGGCCGGUCCACUAUCCCUUAGACCUUAUGGGACUAUAUUUGGGGGGGAAAGUGAACGAUUUCCUAUUCACCACAAAUAACCCAGAGAUGCAUUUUAAAUAAAAGGACACAUUCUACUCAUGUAAAAACAUGCUGAUUCCUGGGCCGGAUUUAGAAGGCGAUUGGGCUGGAUUUGGCCCCCAGGCCUUAGUUUGCCUACCCAUUAUAUAGAGAUGUAAACUUAAGAUGUGUGAAGUGGAGAGCUUUUAUGAAUAAAACCAUAUUCUUCAGGAACUUUUGAGGUUCACAUGUAUGACUUUCUGAAGCUACCCCAAGUGUAAUUGUUUAAUAUUGAAAAUUGGUGUUGGCAUAGAACCAAAUGACCUGCAUCACAACUUGCCACUUGUGCUGUUACUUGGGGUAACCCACCUGACUGGUGCAAGAAAUGGGGAUAAUAAAAUCAUAGAAUUGUAGAGUUGGAAGGGACAACAAGGAUCAUCUAGUCCAACCCCCUGCAAUGAAGGGAUCUUUUUGCCCAACUUGGGGCUUGAACCCACAUCCCUGCUUGUGAAUCUUUUCCCAUAUAAGAAAAAGCUUUGCCAGUUAAACUUUCCUAUGGAGGCUGUUGUAAAAGCCACCAGAGCAAGGCCAGGUAAAGCAAAACAACAAGAGGAAACACUGUUACUAUUUAAGUAGGCAAGAUUACACACUUGCAUUCAAUGUUACUUAAUCUAAAAUAUUUGCCACUUCUUGGUUCAUAGUCAUUACCUUUGAUUAAAAUCACCACAUGCCAUAAGCAUGCAUUAAAAGGACAGUAAACCCACUUUAUCCCCCACUCUUUGACAACCCUUCAUUAAUUGUAGUAUUGAAAAGGUAACCGAUAACAGAUCUAAGCAACACUUUGAGGUUGUCUUCUAGAUGUAAAUUUAAUUGUCAUGUUUCUAUCCCCAAUUGCCACAAUUUCAGCAGCUAGAUAGUCUUAAGUUCCAUCAUGGUCAAAGAGUUGUGGCAUUUCUUCAAGAUGAACUCAUUUUCUGCAACCAUUAUUCUAGUGAUGGUGUUUAGAUUUGGAGCCCUAUUUGCAAAAAUAUUUAUAUUUUAUAGUGAAAAGGUAAAUUCUCCACACACAGCAUAUAUUGUAUUUUUUACAUUUCCUUUACUUUGGGCUAUAGAUGUGUUUGUUUUAUUUAUGAUAUUUACAUUGUGUGUCUGUGUGUUUUAAAGCAAAAUGUAGCAUAUCUCAUAAAAGUAUCCAGUUCAGCAGGACUUUAUUAGGAAACACUAAUUUCAGCAGGCUGCAUAAGGAAUAGUUGAGCACAAUACAGUGAUACCUCGGGUUACAGACACUUCAGGUUACAGACUCCGCUAACCCAGAAAUAGUACCUCGGGUUAAGAACUUUGCUUCAGGAUGAGAACAGAAAUCAUGCUUUGGCGGCGUGGCGGCAGCAAGAGGCCCCAUUAGCUAAAGUGGUGCUUCAGGUUAAGAACAGUUUCAGGUUAAGAACAGACCUCCAGAAUGAAUUAAGUUCUUAACCCGAAGUAUCACUGUAUUUAUUGAAUACAUUAUUAGGAGAAAUCAUUUUAAAUUUGGGGUACUGUAAAGCUAAAUGAAGGGUAUCAUAUUAUUGCUUGCAAGCUUUUGGAAGUGAUGCCACCAUUUGAUAAAACAUAAAUCUACAUAUAUUUACUUCUUACAAUUGAAACAGACUUCAUGUUUUAAAUUAUCUCUGCAAAAUAUUUAAUCAUACUGCAGAAUAAUACUUAUUCAAGCAAGAUGAACUUGAUUUUACAGAAUGUGGAGGUCAGUAACUCGGUAUACUUUUUGACUCCAUAGUGUAAGCCUAGGUUUUCGGAGAGAAAAAUUACUAAGAUCCGGAGAUUUGUGAAAUGUAGACAUAAUUCAAUCCUAUUAAGGAUGACUCACUGAAUUCUUUUAUUGCUGGUUUUAAUGGGGUGGUUCUUUAUAGAAGUUCUCUACACUAUAGUUCUAGAAUUAAUAUGUGCCAUAUCAGUGCAACACCAAAGGAUUCCUCAAAUAGGUUUUCACUGUCCUGCGGAUUUAAUUCAAGUUGUAAUAAUAUGCCAAAGGAUCAGGCUAGGAUGCUUUGAGGUUACACUGAGAACACUGAGGGCAUUUUGUGCACUUCAAAGCACUGUAGCACAGACUCAAACACAUGUGUCUCGAAGAAAAGGAAUAGUAAUAAAAUCAAACACAGAAAAAACCAAUUUUCCUCAUGCUGUUACAAAAAAGGCUCACACAAUAAAAUUAAACUGAGUGACAGAACAGUCCAUCUACUAGGACUUUGUAGUGAGCCAUUGGAUGUCAUUUUGUAAUGCUGAUAGUUAGAGCUGAGAUUUCUAACAAGACCAAAAGGAGGGGAAACCCAUAAAUGUGAAGUCCUGCUUGACAAAGAACCUUAUAUAGGCCAGGGACCCAGUGGUGUAGCUGGGUAAUUUAAGACCCUGGACGUAAUAGCCUUACAGUGGCAAGGGCUUUAGACAGCUAUAUGUACUGCUUCAGCUGUGAAGCAUACAAGCGACAUUUUUUCCACCCCCACUGGCAUUCCAUGCUUAACAACAGCUUCUUUUUUUUUUUUAAUAAUAUUUAUUGAGAAUUUUAAGAUACAUGCUUAACAAUAGCUUCUGCAUAUCUGAUAAUGUUAGUGCAAACAAAAAACAGUCUGCCAACCCUGAAUAAUAUUAAUACUUUGAGGAUGUGCAUUUACUCGUUUUAAUCUCACUUAAAUCAGCACCAUUAUGACAGCAGGAAUAAAAUGGACUUUACCCAUAUUCCAAACAAGUUUAGCAUUUGGGUAGCUGCACACUUAGCAAGUUCAAACUUAACUAUCGUUUGGAACAUGUGUGGACCAGGACAAUAGUUUAAGGAACUUGACAGUGGAUUGUGGCCACUGAGCCUUAAUUUGGAGACAUGCCUGUCUACAUCUGGAUUUGUAAAAGGGUUUCCUUAGAAACAAAUGCCUUCACUGUCAUGUUCAGUAUAUGAGUAUCCAAUAAAUAAUAGAAUCAUGUGUUUGCUUCUGUUUAUUAAAGAACCUUGCAUGUAUGCCACAAUGCUGGGGAAAGCUACAACAUUCAGCUGAUAAACAUAAUUCAGUAAUUAGUUGUGUUAAUGUACAAUGAAUGGUAUUGGUAGAAUCCCCCCCCCCCCCCCGCUCAACACACUGACAUUGCCUAAAGCUUUCCCUUAGAGUUUAUUAGCAGUUUGACAUAAUUUCUUGAACUGUACGCUUUUUGCUAUUUUUGCAAAUUCUCCCUGAAGCUGAAUUGACGGGACAAAUCUGGAUGAUCUUAAACUAGGAAACAUGUCCAGCUGGUGACUCAGUAGAACGUGCUUUUUCUGACAAUUUUACAAAGCAAUUGGGACACUUAACCCAUUUCCAGCGAUAAGAUAAUAGGAACAUGGUUGCAAACUGCUGAACUGAAUGCACUUCUUAAAUGGCAAAAGGAACAAAUCAAGUUGUUUGAAAUAAGCUGCUGCGUGCCAUUGCCAUUCCAUGCCUCUUGCCUCUCCUUAUGAAAAGCCUAUCAGGGGUCAUCUCCCUACCCUACCCCAAUUUGCUUUGAGGAAGGUUGCUGUGAUUUUACUGCUGUUUAUCUUGUAAUACAUCAGUGGGUAAUUUUUAAGUGCUUAGACUUGCAAAUUUGUGAGUUGAGGCUUUCGGUGUAUUACUUGAUGAGUUUUGGCAGGCGGCUUGACAAACUGUGUCUUCUAAUGUGCAGACGAGUGUAGGAAAUAAAAAUAAACAUUUAAAUGUAGAGAGCAAUCUAAAUAGCAUCUCUGCUCCAUAUGUUGUAGUACCUGCUGGAGACCCAUUAUAGUCCCUGGACUUUUUGUACACUAACACUUCAGUCCAGAUAGCGCUGUGCUCCAUCUGCUGUAAUCUCUAAGCUGCACAGUAUGGGCUUCCUUGGAUUUUGACCUGUUAUUUGCUGGUUCUUUUGAUCUUUGCUAGGCAGGCAAUUUGCCAUUCUCAUUCCCCACCCUUUUCAUUGUUGUUGCUGUAAACUAUAGGGCAGUGCAAUUGCUUCAUUUUUAUUGUUUAUAUAUAAGGCAAAUGCAAAUGUGUGAGCCCUAAUGGUACAUACAAGUAAAAAGGCAUAGACCUUUUAUUUUCUGUUUCUAGCUUUUCUUGCUGUAGGAUCUUCGCAUAGUAUGACUUUUUUAAAGGCAACAUGGGUGGAUCUCAGUCUAAGAGUAUAGGUUGCUGCAGAAAAUUGUUCCAAAUCGCAACUCCCCCUCCCCCCAAGAAUGACUAUUCUAAGGAAUGAACACCUGGCUUUGGUCAUUGACACAUCAUUUAGGUUGGAUCCCUGUUGACAUAAAGCCUAAAAUGACUUGCGGGGCUCUAGAGUUGCAUAAUUUCUCUUUCAAUAACUUUGAGAAGUGAAGGUUUGAAAUAAAAAAAGAUCAAAGAAGGCACUUGAUAUUUGAAUGCUUCCAAGUAUUUCAGUAUGCUAAUAUUUCAGUUUUUCAUACCUGGAUUCAGUUUUGUUACCUGUAUUUGAGUGGUGAUGUUAAACACAGCAUUUCCUUGUUUCCGUCUUGUUAGGUUCAGUGUCUUUGCUUUAAAAAAAAACCCUGGCUCUACUCAAUGAUCUAGUGCUUUGGAAGCAUUUUCUUCUGUUCAAUUUUGCAAAUUAAGCAGCAUAUUUGUCUGUUUGCACAGCAAAUAUUCUUUUCCAUUGCAGAACAGCAGAGAUUACAAAACAUACAGCUAAUAAUUCAUCUGAAAGUAUCUGCUAUUAGACAAUUGUGUAGUAACUUUUUCUGGGUAAAUGGCUGCUUCAUCCGUUCACAGUUGUGGUGUAUUUUUGAUUUCCACGAUAUAGGGGGGACCAGUGGCAGAGCCCUGAUGAUGGUGUAUUUGCAGUAGGCGGGGUGGAUUGGCAGAAGGCAGAUGCACGUUAUCAUAGUGCAUGCUCAGUGUGUAUUUUCCUUUUCUUGGUUGGAUGGGAUUGAAUCUUGGUUUAAAGAUGUACAACCAUGACUGAUGUGCUUACUUCUUACCUGCAGGCAUGCAUUCUCACAUUGCAGAAUAGUAUUGUUUUACUUGCAUUGCAAAUGCUGUAUCUCCAACUUUCGCAGACCACAUUUCUGAGUCUUCCUGGACAGUUUCACACAUCCAACCUAGAGCCUGGAUAGCUCAGUUGGUUAGAGUGUGGUGCUCAUAACACCAAGGCUGCAGGUUCGAUCCACGUAUGGGGCAGCUGCAUAUUCUUUCAUUGCAGAGGGUUAUACUAUAUGAUCCUCAAGGUCCCUUCCCACUCUACAGUUCUGUGAUUCCAUGUAAUCAAGUGAUGAUUGCCAAAGAUAAAGCUAAACUGUUGGGUUUUCAUUGGGUAGUAGUUUGUUUACCUAUUAUUAGAUAUUUACAUUUAUAUCUCACAUCUUUCUCCAAAGGAGCCAUGGGCAGCAAACAUGUCACUACUAAAACAAUAUAAUUUUGUAAAAGGUGAAAAACAACGUUCUAAAAAAUAUCCUAAAAGCUCCUAAAACCUAUCACAUACUUUCAAAUUAAUACUUUCAGUUUUGCCAGGGACAGAAUUUUUAGUCCUCAAAUGCCUGGGUAAAAAUAAUAUCCUUAGAAUUCUCCUAAAAUUUAAUAGUGAAGGAGACUGACACACCUUUCUAGGGAUGCAGAUGGGAGACCACUACUGAGAAGGCCCUUCCAUCAGUGACUGCUAACCAGGCAUCUUCCUGUGGUGGAACUACCAACAGCCCCUCUCCUACAAGUUUAUCUCUAACUCCAGAUGGGCAGAUUUACAUUCCAUUACUCUAAGUUCCCAAACGAAAAUAACCAAGAUAACAUUAAUAAACUAAUAUAAAUAAUAGUUUAAAAACUGGUUGCCCAUAGUCAAGCCUUUCUUAACCUUGGAUCCCUAGAUGUUGCUGGACUACAACUCCCAUCUUCCCUAGCUAGCAGGACCCAAGGUUAAGAAAGGCUGCAGUAGGCCAACCUGUUCCUCUGUGUGAUGCUUUUUCCUGGGAAGAAUGAGAAAGGAAAGACAACAACGCCCAUCACCUUUGCCUAUUGGCUAUGCUGGCUAAGACUGAUGAGCUGUUGCUGAUUGUAAUUCAGCAAUAUCUGGAGAGCACCAUGUUGACUGUUCCUGUUUUAAGAGUAUAUGAAAAACAGGCAGCUAUGAUUUCCAUAAGGGGGGAAAACUCUCAAGUGCACAGAUGGGCCAUACCUUUAUUUGGAUCUAGCCAACAACCCCACCACCACAUAUAAAAACAUCAUAAAACAUAAAACAUUAAAAGCUUCCAGAUACAGGGGUGCCUUCAGAUGUCUUCUAAAAGUUGUGUAGUUCUUUAUCUCCUUGACAUCUGAUGGGAGGGCAAAAAGGCCCUCUGCCUGGUUCCCUGUAACCUCACUUCUCACAGUGAGGGAACUGCCAGAAGGCCCUUGGAGCUAGACCUCAGUGUCCGGGCUGAACAAUGGGGGUGGAGAUGCUCCUUCAGGUAUACAGGGCUGAGGCCGUUUAGGGCUUUAAAGGUCAGCACCAGCACUUUGAAUUGUGCUCGGAAAUGUACUGGGACCCAGUGUAAGUCUUUCAGAACUGGUGUUACAUGGUCUCAGUGGCUGCUCCCUGUCACCAGUCUAGCUGCCACAUUUUGGAUUAGUUGUAGUUUUUGAGUCACCUUCAAAGUAGCUCCACACAGUACUCCAAGCAGGUGAUUACCAGGGCAUGUACAACUCUGGUGAGAUAGUGCAUGGGCAGGUAGGGUCUCAGCCAGCAUACCAGAUGAAGAUGGUAGACAUCUGGCUGGACAGAGAAUAAUUGGGAAUAGGUAAUUAAGCUCUCCAGAAACCUUCAUCGGGUUAAAUGUUACGCAAAGCAGGAAGUGAGAGGAUGAGGGAACACCCCUCCCAUACAAAGUUUACGAUGAAUGUUGAAGCCAUAUGAUCUCUUGUGGCCCAAAAUAUUGGAGAUUACAGUAUGACUGGGCUAUGCCUAGGAUUCUGGGACAAAACAACAACAACGGCAAUCCCUGUUUGCUUUUUGUUGACAAAUUGUAUUUCAUUACAACUAAUGUUUUGCUUAAAUGCUAUUGAAAUGACUUUGUUCCAAAUUCUUGCUUUUACAGUGGCUCUACUUUUCUUCCAUCUUUUAGAUUAUGGCACAGACCCAAGGCUUUGGGCGAAAGUACAUCAAAGCCUUUUUGAAAGGCUUCUUUGUUGCUGUUCCUGUGACGGUGACUUUCCUUGACAGAGUGGCUUGCAUAGCAAGAGUGGAAGGAGCUUCAAUGCAGGUAACAAUGCAGCUGCUUUUCCCCCAGUUCAUUUUCACCUGCGUGGAGGCCUCAAUUAUAAAUUGACAAUCCAGUUUCAAAAGCAGGAGAAAAAUGCAAUUUUCAGCAUUUUAUGUAAAAGGCCUUUUCAUUACAGAGAGGGCAGUUUCCACUGUGUUUGGUCAGGCAGGAGUUUCUUGUGUUUGGGGAGUGCAGAACUUAGCAGGGGUUUCCCCCCCUCCUUUUUGAGACAUAUACUUCUAUUUCUUCGAGAGGCUUAAGAAAUUUAAAGUAUUCUAUCUGGCUAAUUUAGAAUUAAGAGAAGUAUUACCUGUUCUGUCAAUCAUGCCUGGGUAGAAUGUGGUGUUGGCAGGAGAGUUAAUAAAUAGAUGGCAUAGCCGUGCACUGCAGCAGAAAUUGCAUUGGGAAAGAUGCUAUGUUUGAAUUGAAUUGUAUUUUUUUAAUAACUUAAGAUGGAUCUUGGAUUUUUAAAAAUAAUUUCCCUUUCAAAACCAACUUUUCAAAGACAGAUGUUUCCACGACCACUUACUUUCCUUUUUUGGGGGAAGGGGGGGAGAGUUUCUUCUAGAAACUUGAUUCCUCCCUAUCUUCUUUAAUUUUUUGAAGUCCUUUAUUUCAGUUACACACAUGGCUUGCUUUAUUUGUUUUACAUCAUGAUUUGGAACAACCAUCAGCCUCUCCCUCUUGCUUUUUCCACAGGUAUAAUAAUCCUCUCUGCUUGUACUUUUUAAACUACAAGUUGUGUAACUAUACUCAUUGAGUAAGAUGUGCAAAAAAGGAUUUAUGCACUUGUAUCCACUUAACACAGGGACACGGGUGGUGCUGUGGUCUAAACCACUGAGCCUUGGACUUGGCAAUCAGAAGGUCGGUGGUUCGAAUCCCCACAAUGGGGUGAGUUCUUGUUGUUCAGUCCCAGCUCCUGCCAACCUAGCAGUUCGAACGCACAUCAAAGUGCAAGCAGAUAAAUAUGUACCGCUCUGGUGGGAAGGUAAAUGGCGUUUCCGUGUGCUGCUCUGGUUUCACCAGAAGUGGCUUAGUCAUGUUGGCCAAAUGACCCGGAAAAACUGUCUGCAGACAAACGUUGGUUCCCUCAGCCAGUAAAGUGAGAUGAGCGCUGCAACCCCAGAGUCGUUCACAACUGGACUUAACUGUCAGGGGUCCUUAACCGUUUUUUUUUAUCCACUUAACAUAAUCAUUCAUAAUCAAACAUCAAUUAAAAUGUGUUACAUAAGCAUAGAAUUUUAUUGUUGUGGUUGGACUGUUCAGGUCUAUAUAUUGAUUUCAAUAUUAAAAUGCUGUAAGUUUCCUUUAUUUUAACUAACCUGUAUUUAAUUGUGUCUGAUUUUAGUUGAGGCUUCCUUAUCUGGAGUGUUUAUAGCAUCAGAACCUCAGGGGAGAAUGCUCUUUUCAUGAUUAAGAGACUUCUCUAGUUAAGGUAAUCUUAUAGUGAUGGAGGGCGUGAUGAUAGUGAGGACCAGGACUGGAGUGCCCAUGCUUUUAGUCCAGCUGGGUGCAGAUCUUGAAGGUUUUGACACGGAUGGCCUUUAUGAGAGGCAUGUUUCUGCCUGUCCCAAAUGUCACUAUACACCAGUUUCAUGUGGUGCUGCGGUGGGAAACGUGCCUCGUUUCUGGAUCAGCACAAUUGGAGACUGUUUUGACAAUUUUCCAGCUCAUAUGUAACACAAAACCAAACCAUGAUUUCACAUGAAUGAGCAGGUGUGCUGGUUUCUGAACGGGAGAUUAUGCCUGGUGUGCUCAUUCCCAGGUCCUGCAGCUGCUGUGCUCUUCAGAACUAAGCUAUGGUUUGACUUAAUGUUACAUCUGAACCUGAGUUAGGGUUAGCCCCACUCCAUGCAUUGUAAUCAAGUUUUGUUCUUGAGUUUGAAGUUUCCUGGGUGAGUGGAACUGCAUAGUCACUAGGAAUGCGUGACACAGCUCUUGGUGGUCUGCAUCUUUUCAGAUUGCAUGUGAUUGAUCUCAUGUUCAAAUGCUCCUCCAAAAUUUUUAUAUAUCCAUGAAGAUGACAGGUUAGCAGGUUAGGGAGAAACCUAAACUAGAACCCUUUUUCCUAAUACAGGUGUACUUAUAGAAACUGAAGUUAGUGUGAACUGUACAAUAUGUGAACUUUGAACCUGCAGUGUUACCUAUGGAGUAAAAUGAGGAACUAGCGCUUGGUGUUUGAACCCAUCCAAAAUUAUUAUUAUUAUUAUUAUUUAAAAGAAGUUAUGGGAUUGAAUUGAUCAGGAUAUAUUCAACAUCCAACUGACAGCGCUUCUGUAGGUACAUGUUUUCUUUUUCUUGUUUUGCCUGAGGAAGGAAAACAUGACAAAUCAUCUUCUUUUUCUUUAUCUCACACUCCAGAGAGUGAAUUAUGUUGAAUGUGUUUGAAAGCUAUAGGAUGUGAUGGAAAGUGAAGUUUAGUCAGCAUGACGCCUUUCACUCAUCAAUAACACACUUGCAUCAGAUAUAUGAUUGUCUUGACUCUAAGCUUUCACCGUGCAAUCCACAACGAUUGGAUUUGUAAUAGACCUUUUAGACUCCUAGCUGGUUUUGUGCACUCAUUAUCCUAUCUCAUGCUGUGAUUGAAAUUAAAAGUUCUUUCAAAAAAGGAAGGAAAUAUGGCUUACUCUUCUCUUUUCAAAUUUCCUUUUUUGUUUUUAUAUUCUGAAGUCGGGUAAAUGUAGUGCAGCCCUGCAAUUAUGGGAUAAUGCUGCCGUGUUAAAAUAACAAACAAUUUAUUCCAAAUCAAUUAAAAUACAUAUCAUUGUUCAUUUUGUGCUGAUUUUGCAAUUGUUCAGUGCCAGAAGCCACAUAGUUAAAACUUUUAAACCUGAGUGCAAUUUACCUUAUCGUGAUCUCAGUUUUACAUGAACUAGUAUCUGAUUAAUGCACACCUUAUUGUAUCACGGUUGGAUCAUAAUUUUCUAACCAGAUUAAUUUCUCAGAUUAUUACUGUUCUCUUGGAGCUAAGCCUUGAUGCGCUCACCCAAAAAGUUAUUAACAUAUUUCAAUAUUAGCAUAUUUACUUAAUGACUUGAGCAUAUGUGAGACAGAAUGCAGCUGGUGGGAUAAUUUAGUUGUUUGUUGCUAUGGAUUUUGUAUCUUCUUUUUGUAAAGUUUGCGGGCUGGAUCAGGGUUUCAUGCAAAUGAAACUUCUUUUCUUGUUCCAUUAAUUUUUAUGUGUAAGCGCAAACAUCACAGUACAGUGGUACCUUGGGAUGCGAACGGGAUCCGUUCCGGAGCCCUGUUUGCAUCCUGAAGUGAAUGCAACCCGCGUCCACGGGUCAUGUUUUGCCACUUCCGCGCAUGCGCGUGACGUCAUUUUGACCGUCUGUGCAUGUGCGCACGACGAAACCCGGAAGUAAUGCGCUCCAUUACUUUCAGGUUGCCACGGAGUGCAACCCGAAAAUACUUAACUUGAAGCACAUUUAUCCCGAGGUAUGACUGUACUCUUAAUAUAAACUGGGAGUGGAAAGUCAGAGGUCAUCGCACAUGUUGAGACAUGCAGGAAGUACUAGCAGUGACAGAGCAUGAUUCAUGAGCAGGGGUGCCAACUUGAAUAAAAUAUUGGGGGGCAAGUAAGCCCCACUCCACAUAACACGGCACACACACACCGUUUGAACAGCAGUGCCCAUCAACUUUGGGGGAGUCCUCUCAAAUAUUUUAUUGGGGUGGCGACAAAGGGACCUCAGCCCCUAGGAGUUGGCUCCUAUGUUCAUGAGUUUCAGAAGCCAAAGAUAAUGUGUCUUCCCCAUCAGAGACCCUUUUUAAUACUUGAGAGGUUUAGUUCUGUUGGCUUGAGGUCACAAAACUGAAAAGUGGACCUGUCAUAUGACAGAAUUUUUCAACUGGUCAGUUAAGAACAAAGGAAGAUAGGAUGACCUGGUCCUACCUAACGUAUAUUAUAAAUAUACUUAAGUUCAUUUAUCCUGUAAAUGCCCAUUGCCAACCGCAGUUAUACAGUAAAACACAAUAAGCUUUACCUACUUAUCAAAAAUGAAAACUCAGCUUUCUAUUUAUAAGUAUGAUGCCUAUUGUGAAACAAAACAAGGCACGUGAAAUGAAUGUGUGUGGUGGUUUCUCUGACAGCGGAACAAUUCAAAUGAAUGGCUUCCAUUCUGAGUAAUCUGAAUGAUUUUGCUCUCAGUAUAUUCCCUUUUAAAAUAGCUUUUAUUUUCAAAGGCCAGUACAAGUCUUAUUCAGUCUCUGUUUUGCUCUGAGAAUGAGGAAUGAUACAAAUUACUCCUUGAUUAAUAAUGCAGUUUUGUGGGAAAAACCUAAUUGGUAGGUAGGUGUGGAAUAACAGUGAAGCGUUGCAAUUAACUGAGUGAGAACUGCGUAACUAUCCAUCAGUUAUGGAAGAUUUUCUUUUACAUAAAAACAUAAUAUAUGAAUACUGAAUUGGAAAAUAAAAAGUCUGAGGUGGAAUGCUAGGAAUGUUGCACCUGGCCAGAAUUCCUCUAAAUCUUGAAUUUCGGCCUUGAAAUGUAUUGUUAUGAGUCAUCAGACAUAUCAGCCUGUCUUGGAUCACUUCAGAGACUUUUAACAGUUCGUAGUCUGAUAUAAAACCAACUUCUGUAGCAAUGAGAACUAUUAGAAGGAGUAGUGAGAAUUCUUCCCUCUGAUUGACAGAUGCUUAUGCUGAUAUGCUUCUAGAGUUUUCUAGAGGUUGGUAGAAAGCUAUGUCUUAUUCAAACCCCCAACUCAGACUGCUGUAUAAAGAGAACCCUGUUACAUGUUCCUUGAGGUUUGGACAUUACUUGACUUUUCUGUGGGGUACAGUGAGUACAGUGGUACCUCGGGUUACAUAUGCUUCAGGUUACAGACUCCGCUAACCCAGAAAUAGUACCUUGGGUUAAGAACUUUGCUUCAGGAUGAGAACAGAAAUCGUGCUCUGGUGGCGCGGCGGCAGCGGGAGGCCCCAUUAUCUAAAGUGGUGCUUCAGGUUAAGAACAGUUUCAGGUUAAGGACGGACCUCUGGAACGAAUUAAGUACUUAACCCGAGGUACCACUGUAUUAUAUUCUGCAUUUAAAGGACUUCACCCCCUGGACAGGCUAUCUCAAGGUAUGGCAAAGAGAGAGUUCAAAAUUCAUAUGGGAAGGGAAGAGACCCAGAAUUAAACAUUUGAUCUUAAUAGAUAUAAAGGACAGAUGAGGCUUCUCCCUACCAGAUCUGAAAUUGUACUAUGAGGCAGCCUGCCUCACAUGGUUGAAGGACUGGUGUAAACUGCAGGACCUGGACCUCCUGGAUUUGGAGGGCUUCGACAAUCGAUGGGGAUGGCAUGCUUACCUUAUAUAUGGAAAAGCCAAAAUCUAGAAAAACUUCAGAAACCACAUAAUUAGAAAGUCACUUUUCCCAGUCUGGGAGAAAUACAAAGAACUGUUGGAGCCCAAAGUUCUGUGGUGGACCUCCCCAAUUGAAGCUUCCGUGGUGAAAAGAAAAAAUACUCAGGAAAUUUGGCCAACAUAUAAAACUCUUUUAAAGGAAGAAGAUAACCAUUAAAAUUUAAAAGUUUUGAGGAAUCAAAAGAGUACGUCUCAAUUAGUUCCAAUACCAUCAGGUAUAUGAAAAAUUGAAAUCUGACAAACAAAAGGGUUUCAUAACAGAAAUCUCUCGAUUCGAAUCCCAGAUAGUAAACUCUAAAAGAAAAACCCUCUCCAAAGCACACCAACUCCUCCUUGACUGGGAAGUCAAGGAGGAAGAGGUCACUGAGGCCAUCGUUAAGUGGUCACAGGACGUUGGGUAUCCAGUAACCAUGCCACCGAAGCUUACUUCCUGGGGAUCACAGAUCUGGAUAUCCCACAAAAAAUGAAGAGUAUAUUUUUAUAUGCCACAGUGGCAGCAACUUAUUGCUACAAAGUGGAAGAGUGAUGAAAUCCCUUCUAUUCAUGAAUGGAUCCAAAAGUUAACAGAUUAUGCGGAGUUAGAUAGUUUAUCAGAAAAAAUAAAGAACAAACCAAAACAGGAAUUCAUCUCAAAAUGGGAAGUCUUUAAAGUUUAUUUGAAAAACAAUUACAGUAGUUUAAACUCUGUCACAGCGUUUGAAUAACUUUAGUAGUAAAUUUAAGAAAGAUCUGAAACCUUAGAUAAAUCAAAACCGUAUUUUUCGCUCUAUAGGAUGCACUUUUCCCCCUUCAAAAAUGAAGGGGGAAUGUGUGUGCGUCCUAUGGAGUGAAGACGCCAUAGCCCCGCAACCCUCUCCCAGCUGGAGAGGUGACGCGCGGCUAUGGCAGGAGCCUCUACAGCCGCGCGUCACCUCUCCAGCCGGGAGAGGGCGCGCGGGGCUAAAGAAGCCCCCCGCGACCCUCUCCCUGCUGGAGAGGUGCCCCGCGGCCAGGGCAGGAGCCUCUCCGCUGCGCCUUUCUGCUGCUCCCUGACCUGCUCUUUGGGGCUGGUGGUAGGCUUCCCCCCGCCAGCCCCAAAGAGCAGGUUGAAAGGAACCUGAAGCCUGGAGAGCGAGAGGGCUCAGUGCACACCGACCCCUCUCGCUCUCCAGGCUUCCAAGGUAGCCGUCUGAACGCACCUUAAACGGCGCCUUGUUUUAGAGCGGGAAAACAAGAGGGGGAAAGUUCUCCCCCUCUCUGCGCAGCGCCUCCUGCCGCUUCGCUGAAGGGGUGCUGGGCAGAGAGGGGGAGAUUAUUUUUUUCUUGUUCUCCCCCCUCUAAAACAAAGUGCGUCCUAUUGUCCGGUGCGUCCUAUGGUGCGAAAAAUACGGGAAUUAGUUAAUUUAAGACAAAAACGUGUACUGGCAACAAAUAAUAGAUAAUUGAAAUAAGGAAUGGACGGGAGGUCGGGUCUAUAGUCCAAGGACCACUUUUUGUUUUAUUGAUUUGUAAUUAAUAUUGUCCAUAUCAUGGUUGGGUUUGUAUUUCUUGUCUUAUUUUUUCUAUUUCUUUUUUGGUGUAUCAAAAAAAAGGGGGGGAAGAGGGGGAAAAAGAGGACUUCACUGCCCUGGGAGGGCAUACCCUAUUUUCUCUUGAGACAUACAGAUGCCAACAGUCUAGAAGGAAGGGAAAAAUAAAGUAUGUUGCCCUGUGCUUGCCAGUUGCUGAGGAGUAGGCUGUCUGUCCAUGCUGUGCAUAUCCUUUGCAUGCUGUGCCUGCCUGCCUGCUGCAUAGCCUCAUAUGAUAAUUAAACUGCAAGCUUAACUUCCCAACAGCGACCCAGAUUAUGAUCUGUCCAUUAGGAGCCCCUCCUAUCAUAGGACCGAGAUGGCCCUGGUUGCCCUAACAGAUGAUCUCUGCAGGCAGCUGGAUCGAGGCGGGACGUGGCUGCUGAUUCUUUUAGACCUGUCAGCAGCCUUCAACAUGGUUGAUCAUGAACUUCUGGACCACUGCUUCGCCAGUGGGGGGAUCCAGUGCACAGUCCUUCAAUAGCUCCACUCAUUUCUCUCUGGUUGGGGACAGAGGGUGGCGCUUGGGGGGGGACUGUUGUCGUGCCACUCCUUGGUGUGUGGAGUGCUGCAGGGUGCGAUACUCUCCCCCAUGCUUUUCAACAUCUUUAUGCGCCCCCUUGCCCAGCUUGUCUGGAGGUUUGGUUUGGGCUGCCAUCAGUAUGCUGAUGACACCCAACUCUAUCUGUUGAUGGAUGGCCAUCUUGACUUGGCCCCAGAUACACUGAUCAGAUGGUUGGAAGCUGUGGCUGGAUGGUUACGUGGGAGCCGGUUGAAGUUAAAUCCUUUGAAGACCGAGGUCCUUUGGCUGGGUUGGGACAAUAUGGGAUUGGGGGGCCAACUCCCAUCUCUUGCGGGGGCGCCAUUAGUGCCAGCGCCGUCCGUUAAGAGUUCGGGUGUAAUCUUCGACACCUCCCUUUCUAUGCAGCCAUAACAAAGGUGGCAUUUUUUCAUCUCUGCCAAGCUAAGCAGUUGGCUCCUUAGCUCUCUCGCCCUGACCUAGCCACUGUGAUCCACACGACGGUCACCUCCAUGCUUGAUUAUUGUAACUCACUCUACGUGGGGCUGCCCUUGAGACUGACCCAGAAACUCCAGCAGGUGCAGAAUGCCGUGACAAGGCUCCUUUCGGGGUCUGCCGCGGGAUCACAUUCACCUGGUGCUAUACCAGCUGCACUGACUCCCAUUGGAGUACAGGAUCAGGUUUAAGGUGCUGGUUUUAACCUUUAAAGCCCUAUAUGGCCUAGGAUCCUCGUACCUACAGGACCGCCUCUCCUGGUAUGUCCCAUGGAGGACCUUAUGGUCAAAUAAAAACAUCUUGGAGAUCCCGGGCCACAAGGAGGUUAGGCUGGCCUCGACCAGAGCCAGGGCUUUUUCGGCUGUGGCCCCGAUCUGGUGGAAGGCUCUGUCACAAGAGACUAGGGCCCUGCGGGACUUGAUAUCUUUCUGCAGGGCCUGCAAGAUGGAGCUGUUCCACCAGGCCUUUGGCCAAGGCACAGUCUGACCCCCUCUCUCCUUCUGUAAUCCUCAUAGAACUCUAGCCCAAUGGUUGCCAUUAAUUUGAUUCUGAAUUGAUUUAAAAAUGUAUUUUAAUUAAUUGACUGUGUGGUUUUAUGUACACUGUGCUAUUUUUACUUGUUGUUAGCCGCUCUGAGCCCAGCUUUGCCGGGGGCGGGCAGCGGGAGAUAUCUAUCUAUCUAUCUAUAUCUAUCUAUAUCUAUAUAUCUAUCUAUCUAUAUCUAUAUAUCUAUAUCUAUAUAUCUAUAUAUCUAUAUCUAUAUCUAUAUCUAUCUAUAUCUAUAUCUAUAUCUAUCUAUAUCUAUAUCUAUAUCUAUAUCUAUAUCUAUAUCUAUAUCUAUAUCUAUAUCUAUAUCUAUAUCUAUAUCUAUAUGUAUCUAUAUAAUUUAUUAUUAUUUUCAUGCAUCUGGCUUGAAGAUUGUGUGGCUGUUUUAUUCCAUCAUAUGUUGAGUGUGAAAAGAAAGGGGAUCAGAAAAGGGACAGUGGAUCAUCAUUUUUAUUGAUUUCUAGUCCCAGCUUACCACUGCCAUUCAAGCAGGCAGAUCCAUAUCGGGGGGAACUCUGAAAAUGCACAAAAUAGCAGUACAUUAGUUAGUUAGUAGGGCUGAACUGAAAUGUCCCCUUUUAACAGUUGAUGAAAUAUAAGGAUAAGCAUUUUAGUGGGAAGGUGAAUGGGGGGGGAGGCUAUAGCAGUGGCACUUCUCUCUCCUUCUUCCAUUUACAAUAAAAAAAGCCCUUGGAAUGAUGCUAUGUCACAAUGCAGUCUUGUUCCAGAAGAAAUGGGGGGGCAGGAGAUGGCAGCCACCAGCUUUAACAUCUGGGGAAACUGGAAGUAAAAUACAGUGGUACCUCAGGUUACAGACGCUUCAGGUUACAGACUCCGCUAACCCAGAAAUAGUACCUCGGGUUAAGAAUUUGGCUUCAGGAUGAGAACAGAAAUUGUGCAGCGGCAGCAGGAGGCUGCAUUAGCUAAAGUGGUACCGCAGGUUAAGAACAGUUUCAGGUUAAGAACGGACCUCCAGAAUGAAUUAAGUUCUUAACCCGAGGUACCACUGUACACAGUUUGAUCACAGCCGCAGGAAUUGAUUCAACUCAGUUUUUUAUGAAGCUAUAAGGAGAUCACGAUAACUUUGGUACAUAUUUGACAGAGACUUCUUUCGAUGGAAAGACACAAAUAAAGAGUCUGUUGGCUUGUUAAAAACACAUUUAUUAUACUUGGUUUGAAAUCGUAACUGGGAAGCUGGAGCUUAUCAUUUGAGCUAUGUAGGUAGGAAACAUGAGAAAGUCAGUCCUUUGUGUUGUAUUGAACAAAGUAAUUGUGCUUGUGGAAUGACUUCGACUUGGGCAACAAAGCUUUCCCUCCCUCUCCUUACACAUUCCUGCUCCUCCUCCUAAUCUGACCUGGGUUUCCCCACAACCCUCCAUAGCAGAUUUGACAAGAGGAGAGAUGGGGAGUUCCAUUGCAUGAACAGAGGUAAUUCAAGGGGUACAAUUACUCCAUUGAUACAACCCUUUGCUCUCUCUGUUAUUUUUUUAUUUUUAAAAAACCUGUUAAUCAUACACAAGAUCAGUAGCAUCAGCAGAAGAAGCUACUACUGCAAGUGAAGAGCAUAAUUAAACGUUGUUUAGAUUUUAUGGCCUAUAGCUUCUGAAAUGAAGGAGAAUGUGAAUAAACAUCACUAUUGACAAAAUUGCAUGUUACGCCAGAUUACUUAAUUACUCUCAGUGUGUAUCGUUACAUGGGAGCCAAAUAAAAAAAACCCAUUGUGGUACACUGGUAGUGUCUUAUUAAGUCAGUAAGCAAUCUACUGAAUAUUGAAAUGUUUGGUUCACUGGGUAGAUCAUCUCUCCCUGUAUCAUUCACUUGUUCCAAUGACGGAUUUUAAUUUGGCUACAUUCCUUUUUUUAAUAAUCUGUACAACUGAUUUAGGUCUGUGUAUUUUCCCGGACAACACCAUUUGCACAUCUUCUUCCUGCCCACAAUCUGAUCAGUUCUCCAUCAAGAUUUGAGAUAUGGAGCUGGUGCAUGACCAGAUGUGUUUCUUUUUGAAGGAGGGUGGUGACAGGGCCACAUGAUAGCUAUUCGUAUCUCCACUAAUGCAAAUUAUCACCUGUCUUAGGAAAGAGCUGUAUGGCAGGAACAACCCAGGCCUCUUGCUGUGGACAUUCUCACCUGCUCUGCUCCCAGAACUAAUAGAGGGGGGAAAAAAUUCAUAUGGAGAGGUUGCUCUCCUAGACAGCUAGAAUCAGUGUAGACAGAAUUAUGAAACUGUGUACUUAUAAGAACUUAUACGUAUCGGAACCAAGCAUUUUUUAAAACUCUGCCUCUGUCCAGGACACCUGAUCUCAUCUUAGUCAUCAAUUCCAGCCUGGAAAAGUACAUGAAGGAGGAAAUUGGGGUGGGGGGGAGUGUGACUCUUGCAGCAUCUUCAACUCUCUGUACUUUCUUUCCACUUCCUCAUCUCUACAUUGCUGACCUCAGUCUGGAAAAGUGGGCAGAGGGCCACUGGGGAGCAGAGAUGGAUUUAGGGUAGCACGACUGUUUCCGCUGCACUGGGCACCAAGCCUAGGAGACAUUGCAGGGCGCCACAAUGGUGGCAUUGUGAAUUGAAUAGAACAAGGUGAGAGAUGGCGGGGGGCAGGGGAGAGAGAGAGAGAAAGCGCUGAAUUUUGGACUUGCACAGCACCGCUGAAAUUUGAAAGACCAAAAUUUACCCCUGCUGGGGAAGAAACCUUGAGAGCCACAGGUAGCCCACAGAUUGCCCACUUAUGUGUUAGCUUGUGCUACUCUUAAAUCUUCUGGAAUAACUCCUAAUAGGUCUAAUUGACAGCAGGGAAUUCUAUCUUGUGGGGGCCUUGGUUGAAACAAAUGUGCCCCUUUUCUGUUGUUUGGUGUCAGACCUUGUGGACCCUUGUGUAAUGCGUCCUCAUUGGGUCUCAUGCACUUCAUGUCUUUAUGUGUGCACACACAAACCAAGCCUUUUCGAAAACUCUGCCUCUGAAAUUUUUGGAGAUGGCUGUUUCUGUUGAGGAGGCGGGCCCUUUACCAUAUUGGACUCCUAACAAAUACCCGACAAUAACCUCUACUGCUAUUUAUUUCCUGCAUUAGACUAAUGCUAUGGAGAAAAAAUAUCCCAGUUUGCUUUGUAGGAAGAUGUUUUUGUUUCUGUUUUUGAAACUCAUUAAUGAGCAGCAAAGUGGAAUACGCUUUCAGUAUAGAAAUGUUAUUUGUUGGACUGGGAACACUUCCUUCAGAUUAGGAACAGUAUUUUUAAUCUCAUGGUUUCCUGUAUUCAUUUGUUGUGUCUUAUUUUUGUCAUUGUCAGGGCAAAAUGAAACUGCUCUUUCAUUUCUUAACAAGUCAUAAAUCAUUUUUACUAUUCACUAUUUUCAUACUGAUGAGUUGUUUAUGUAAGCACAUAGUCUCCCGUCUCCCCUGCAUUUUGCUAUGGAAGCGCACCUUCUUGCAAUUGGUUUUGUGUUAGUCGUAGAUCAACAAAACCUAUCGUAUAGAACAUCUGAAACCCUUUCGUAUAAUGGGUGUUUCAACAACCUUUGCAUAAUGUUAUAAAUAUACAUCUCAUUGCAUAUUCCAUUCUCUAUACUUGAUUUCACUUUGGUGAGCAGUAACAUUCCCCGUGACCUUAAGGGUGAAUUUUAUGAUAUUGAGAGAUGUAUCUGUGGCACAGAAGUUACUUCUCAGCUUCCUUCCUGUCAGUUUUCCCUGUGAAGCAACAAAACUCUCUUUUGUAGCCGGAGUUUAUAGAGCAGCUUGAUGGGGGUUGAAAUAGAGUGGUAUGUUGGGAAAUUCCAUUUUAAAGGAAUGACAGGCAGAUGCAUGUGUAAGUUUAUUAACUGGGUUGCAUCAGUAGCCCAGGUGUUCUUUAAAAUAAAUGAACAUUAUCUUAAAAUGCAGUCUGAGAUGAUUGGGGGUGGUGGUCCUCCUUAUAGAUAAUAUACCGUAUUUUUCGCUCUAUAAGAUGCACUAGACCACAAGACACACCUAGUUUUUGGAGGAGGAAAUCAAGAAAAAAAAAAUUCUGAAUCUCAGAAGCCAGAACAGCAAGAGGGAUCACUGGAGAGAGAAAGCAGCAAUCCCUCUUGCUGUUCUGGCUUCUGGGAUAGCUGCGCAGCCUGCAUUCGCUCCAUAAGAUGCACACACAUUUCCCCUUACUUUUUAGGAGGGGAAAAGUGAGUAUUAUAGAGCAAAAAAUACGGUAUUCCAUGGACUAUACAUACUAAUCUUAGUUGAUUGAAUUUUGCUUUUCAUACAACAGAACUCUCAUCUCUCUCUGUCUCUUUUUAUCUUCUUCUCAGCCUUCUUUGAAUCCUGGAGGAAGACAGGAAUCUGAUGUAGUUCUUUUAAACCACUGGAGUAUUAGAAAUUAUGAAGUGCAACGUGGAGACAUAGUUUCACUGGUGUAAGUAACUAAACUAAACUUCAAUAUAUCUGCAUUCUUCUUUGGUCCAUUAAUGUUCUUCAAAGGUUUUCAUGUGAAAUGCUGUUACGCAGUUAUGGCUGCAGACAAGAACACGACAGAUUCGUUGCAUGAGUAACAAAUUCAAUUAUUACUGUUGAAUUCCAGAUCUUCAAAGCGUUUAUCAUCAUGCAUUUGAAAGCGCAAUGCCAGUAUAUGUGGCAAUACAUACUUGUGAAUAAGAAAUGCAAAUGUAAGCAGCCUUCAGUGAUGCAGCAUUAAUAAUGAUAAUUAUAUGAAUAAUAAGACCACAGUGAAAGAUGGUAGAAAAAUAUGUUGAAUUGGUUGGAUUAAAGAUUUAGAUACGUUGCCUCCUAAGCAAAUUCCUCUUAGUGUGGAACGCAAUACUUGAUCUGCUUUGAUGUAGAUGUUGGCAUUGCUCCAUUUCAGGAAGAAGUAUGAUGUGGAAGUUGGACCAAAAUUGGUCAUUCCUGAAACAUUCCUGAAUCAGUUGUUGACUUAUUCAUGGAGUGAGUAGCCAUUAGGUGGCACUGUUUCUCUGUUCAAUGCUUCCCUCCAUUUAGAUAAUGUAAACUGUCCUGCUCUUAAUGCAAUGUAGAAAUAGAAUGUCGAAUUGUGCAGAACAGACACAAUGACAUUAAGCGAAUUGAUGGUACAUGCUCUAAUGACAAAAUUUAUUUUUUAGCUUUAUAAUCAAUGCAUGCACUGAACAGACAGCUAUGAGAGUUGUCUUUGGUUUUCCCCUGCUGAAAGUUGUCCACAUUGGAACUGGUUGUUGGGAAAGGUAUAUUUUUUAUGUAUACUGUUAGAAAUUCUCAGAGUACACAAGCAGCGUUUAUUGGUUGUUUCUGUAUUAGCUGCUUGCUGUUGCAUUUUGCAAUAAUGCUAUUAUGACUUUUUUUGUGUGAUGAUCUUUCAGCGGUAAUGUUGUGAAGCUCAUUCUUAUUUAUGUGCUUAUUAUAUGCAUAGUUGCUGCUUAUGUCUGAUAAGGCUCCAAAAAAGGAUGCAACAAACCCACUCAUAAGUAAGAUUAAUGCACAGAUACCCAUUUUCAACGACCUUGUGUUGGAGGAACUGUAAUUACUUUGUGGAGGAGCAAGAAAACAAAGCACUCAGGCACAAGCACUGUUGAGGGGAAAUCUGCCAUCUUUGCCCUUUGUUGCCUCCUUUGACCUUCCAUGUCCUUCACUGGCUACUUUGGACUUCCACGUGCUACAGGAUAAAGCUUUCUCCCUCCCCCUAAAAAAUAAUAUUCAGGAUUGCACAGCCACAGUUGUCCUAAUUUUUCUUGGUUCUUUCUCCUCCUAAUGUCAAGAGAAACCUCACCAGUCAUGUGUAUGGGAAAGGGGUAACCUUUCUUGAAAGGUUCCCGGGCCCCUUGACUCUGUAAGGGUCUGGCUUGAUUUGGCAGCCUCAGACAGUUGAGGAGAAGUAGGAGAAAGGUGCAGUGGUGGUGGCUGAAGGCUGGUACCCAGGGAUGGAGAACUGCGGUUCCUCCCCUUCCGACUCCAGGGUGUCCAGAGGGGGAAACUGACCUGCUGGUUCUCCCUGAUGCACUGCCCACAUAGCUCAGAGCCUCAUUUUGGAGGGAGAAGACUGCAGCCAGCUGGUGCAGGUAGCUGAGCAGGAGACAGAGGUGGCUGAACUGGAGUCAGAGUGACAGAGGGUCUUGUUCCCAAGAUCCAGGUGCUGUCUUUUUAGGUGGGAUCAGACAAAGUGUGCAUCUGCACACAUGGAAUUUCCAUAAGGCAAGAGAGUCUUGCAAGUGAACUUGUCAUACCUUGUUGUUAAAAGCUGGGUGGGAGAGCCAUGCCAAUGGAUGAGACAUCUUCAUUGCUUCUGUCCAGUUCUGAAUCUUAUGCCUUGGCUUUGGAAUAAUGACUAAUGGACCCUUGGUGUGCUGCUAAGCCUGUGCUGUUACUUGCCUGAAUAAAUAUCUCUUUCUUAUGCUAAGGUGCAUGGUAAGAUUGUAUACACUACCGUGUUUCCCAAACACUUGGUUUCAAAGGAUAGUUGUGGUUAUGGUGGAAGUGAUGCCCUAGUGGUGUACAUCAAUCAAAGGUUACAAUAAAGACUAUAACAUUGUACGAACCCUUCUGAAUAAAUGGAAUUUUGGAAACCUGAAUCUGAUAAUGCUUCAUUUUUAUGGGAUAUCAUUACUUUAUGUUAUAUUUCAAUAAACAUCUCCCUGCCACCUCCUCCCAAAAGAUUAUGAUCUGCUGAGAAGUUCAACAAUGUGUUGUGAAUUCUUUGGGUAUCUUAUUUCCUAACUGUUAUGCCCCAUUUUCUACCAUUAAAAGUGGCACCUGAAGUGGUGUACAAGCAUAAUAAAAUAAUAAUAGAACACAAUUGAAGCAAAAACCCAGAAACAAUGUAAAUUAAUAACUAGCACAGUCAGAUUAAAAUUCUAUGCAGAGGAAACCAAAUGGAUGCAGCUUUUUGGUAGUCAUAAAUACUAGGCAGUGAAAUGUAGUGUAAGUUAUUGAUGGUUUGAAAUAAAGCAUGCAGUGUCAGUACAUCCAUAAAUAAUAGCCUCUUUAGUAAAUUAUUAGCUGAAAAUGUUGGUGUUAAAUCUGCUGCAUCUGAUCAUUAUUGUUUUUGAAAUACAACUGACUGUAAUCAGCAGCUGCUCUUUCCAAAGACAUACAACGCUUACUGAUUGGAAUUGUUGUGGUGGAAUUAUCCUGAAUUAAGCUUCCCCACCCCUCGCCUGAUUUCAUUCCACCACACUACCUAGGCACACCUUAUUUUAGUUUAGGUUUGUUUGUACCUCAGAGAUGGCAAGCAUUAAUCUUUGGGUUUCAGUAUACUGUAGACAAAAUGAAGACAUAGUAGAAUUGGUUAAACUGAGGGGGGCGGGGAAGAAUAAUUUAAGAACAUUGUCAAAAUUGCAAGAGAAAUUUGAGGAAGUAUCCCAGCACACACUUCUUUCCGUUAUUUAAAAUUUAGUGUGACAUGGUGGUUUAUUAACAAAAAUAACUUGUCAUACCUGCAUACAGUUCUGUAAUGCAACAGGUACUGUAGUGUAAAAGGAGUGUUUGAAAUUGAGAAAGAAGCACUAGCAUUAUAACCAGUAAAACUAAUGCAAUAAUCUCAUGUUUGAAUGCAACCUAGGUGCCAUUAAGCAAGCUUGGGUAAUAAAGAACUUUUAAUGGCUCAGACCAAAUAGAAAUAGAUUCUUGGUUCUAAAUGUUUUCUGAAUGCUUUAAAGGCUAUAUUUGCAACACAAAAUUACAAAUAAAUUUAGUUUCCCUUGAUAUUUUCUAGUGUCUCAUAGUUUGAGUCUCUUCUUGUAACUCAACUGGUACUCAAACCAAAUGUUCUCUAAAACCAUUAUAGUUAAUAUCCAUUGAUAAUCUUAUUCAUUCUGAUAGUCUCAAGUAUUGUCUGUUGUAAUUAUGCAGCACUGUCCACAUCAUCUAAGGUUUGUGAUUAGAGUAAGUGAAUCCUAAGAGCAUUAAAUACAUCAGUAAACCUUUGGAGUGCUCUUCUGAUCUAUGAUAAGCAGCUUUCCCAAACUAAGGAAUAGAAAGGAAUAGGAGACC